AGGGCCCUUAAUUGAGGGCACUUCUGCACCGGUGUUGGUGAAGUGCAGACGUUCUCCUCCACCCCUGCCUCAAGUAUCAGUGUUGAAAUUUAACUUGUUUGCUCCCCGGGACACUUGUCGUGUCUUAGACAGCUCAGUACUGGCUCUAGGCGCCAUGACGCACCUCCUUCUAGGAAUUUUAAAAGCCUGUUGUUGUUGACUCAGGUGGACGCGCUUGUGUGUGUGGACGACUGACUCUGCUGAGGUUGAGGCAAGACGGUUCACCUGAUCUAACUGGCACCUUGAUCCUGUUUCUCUUUCCGGGGCAAACCUUUUUGUUUCCUUUAUAGUUUCCGCAACAUAUUUUUCCCCGAAUUCCCGGCCAAUAGGGUUCAAUAAGACGUUAACUUUGGUGGCCAUUAACAACUCCCAGCAAGCAAAGCCGCCAGAGCAGAGGUUACUGGAGGACGACCUCCACUAUUCCUUCACCUGCUGCACACACACCUGCAGGAGUCAUGACCGAGAGUGACCAGGGACUCUUCCAUAGGGCCAAGUUCCUCAUAUAUGCCGGUGGCAUUUUCUUCCUCUACUUCUAUUAUGGCGUGUUACAAGAGUCAAUUACUCGCACACGUUAUGGGGAAGAGAAAGAAAAAUUUACAUAUUCUCUAGCACUUGUAUUUUUCCAGUGUAUCAUAAAUGCCAUAUAUGCAAAAAUAAUGGGGAAGUUUGUCCUCGACCAGGGUGAAGAUACGACUCGUCGUGUGUACUAUGCUUCGUGCUCUCUCACAUAUUUGUUGGCCAUGGUCUCCUCCAAUAUGGCCCUUCAGUGGAUAAAUUACCCUACACAGGUUGUAGGAAAAUCAUGUAAACCCAUUCCAGUGAUGGUCUUGGGAGUGAUUUUGGGACGCAAGAGUUAUACUUGGAAGAAGUAUGUCUUUAUCUUCUUAAUUGUUGUUGGGGUUGCGAUGUUUAUUUAUAAGGACUCCAAGGCUGCAGCGGCAUCUACAGGUGGUGUGGUUAUUGGACUUGGUGAGGUACUCCUACUGUUGUCAUUGACUAUGGACGGGCUGACAGGAGCAGUUCAAGAACGCAUGAUUGCAGAGUCCAAGACCAAAUCUGGACACAUGAUGCUUAAUAUGAACCUCUUCUCUAUUGGAUAUUUAGCCAUAGCUCUCUUGGUGACUGGUGAAAUCUUCACAUUUGUCAGCUUUGCUCAGCGUUAUCCAGAGGUCCUCGCCAAGAUGCUCAUCUUCAGCAUUUGUAGUGCUCUUGGUCAGUUCUUUAUAUUUUUGAUGGUGAGUGAUUUUGGUCCCCUUCCAUGCUCAGUGGUUACUACAACUCGCAAAUUCUUCACUGUACUGGGGUCAGUUAUACUAUUCGGCAAUACACUCUCUCCACGGCAGUGGGUUGGAACGGCUUUUGUAUUUUCAGGCCUUACUUUAGAUGCUGUCUAUGGGAAAACCCCAAAGAAAGUUUUAGAAGAAGUGAAAGCGAGUAAAGAGUAAGUACAGUACUGUAUUAGAAAAAAAAUUGGAGAUAUCCAGACCAAAUUUAGUUGACUGAUAGGGGAAUGUAUCUUGUAUUCCUCUGUUCUCACUUUUCUAGGAAAUGGAAUGUUUAAAUGGAAGAUAAUGAUUAAGGAAGAGCAGGGAAGUAAAAACAUGGAUGAGCAAUAGGGUUGUCUUAAAGUCUCGCUGUAGAAAGAUAUACAGAUAGUUUUAUUACAUUACAUUAAAAUACAUAGGGUUUGUUUCUGUGGAAGUCACGGCAAGUAUGUAAAGACAUAGUUGCUCUUAUUUUGUUAUAACUGCAGAUAUUUGAUAAAAUAUUUUCCCCAUUUUCAUGCACUCCAAUUUGCUCUCUAAAAUACCCUGGAUUGUUUUUGUAGUUUUGUUUAAUUGUGACUAUUUAAUAAUAAUUAUACUUUUUAAGAUUGGAA